CAUUCUGUUUGGUUGUCGAGAAAACUAAGGGAAAUAUAAAUAGAAGAAAGUGUUAGCUACUAUAGAGUUGAAUUAGUCUAGUUUGGGCUCUGGCGUUUGUUCUGUUGGAUUGUGAAAUUAUGUAAAGCUUGAAAAUUUCUGGGUAGCCAAACGGAGCAUCAGGGUUGGUCAUUUGUAAUCAGUUCGUUGUAUUUCCUGUGGAAAAGAGAAGCUGGAUAUCUUUAAUUUUGACUCGAUCUACAUCGAAUAGAAAUGGGAGGCACUUGACUGUUACUUUUCUAUCAGAUAUUGUUGUAGUAUCUGCUUUUUCAAGGAAAUUCUUAAAAGAUCUGAGAAAAUGGUUGGGUGUAGUAAACCACCUAGAAGUGAUCAACCUUCAAUCAAAUACAGGUCUAUCCCAGUCAAGGGGGUCUCCUUUGCGCUUGCUGAUUUUGUUCAUGAAGGAUAUUCCCCCACCCUCUGUGACAAUAGAAGUAAGCAAGGCAAUAAAAUAUCUGAACCCAAGUCCCCAGAGAUAUUGACUACAGCUCAGCUUAUCUCAGCAGUUGGUCAGAUAUGGGAUUGUGCAAGUCAUCCUCUUGCUUUUUUCCAAGCUAAGAAGAGCUUGAAUUACAAUGACAAAGACUUCGAGAAAGAGGAAAUAUUGGGUAAUCUGGGUGUGGAAGGAAAUGGCAGGGUACCUACUUCAGCUGAUAGUAAUUGCCUUUGUCUUGAAAUAACGACUGCUGGCCAUAUUUCACCCAUGGUGCAUCCAAACUCAGAUUAUCCUAAAGGAACCCAGAAGAUGUCAAUAUUUGAUAGUUGUAGUGAAAAUUAUACUCGUUCAUUAUUCUGGAGUUUUCUGCAAGGUCAUAAUAACAUGUCUAAUGAAUUGUGGCGGGAAAAGGGGCUUUCAAGUCUAAAAAUAUCUUAUGAGUUGGGAAAUAUAUAUGGAUGGAGGAAUGAAAUCAUUCCUCCUGGAGUGAAGCAUCCUGUGAAACGUACUGAAAUUGAGAACAAGAUAACUAGUGAGAGAUGCAUUUCGGGAGAUAUAACUAACCCGGCAGGCAGCUGUAUUUCAGGAGAUAUGGCUAGUCCUGCAAACUUUUCUGGCCGUAAUUAUGAUUUACUCAAAUGUAAAGAUUCACUUUCACUUAAUACUGUAAAUUCAGCAAUAAAUGCAACAGAAACGACCUCUCUGUGUAAAGAUUAUUUCCUUGGGUCAAUCUGGGAUAGUCCGGCAGAUGGUGGUGUUUCAAGGUGCCCAAGUUCCAGUAUAUAUGCAGACUAUCAUAUUAACUCUUUGGCUUCGUGUAAUAGUGCAUUUGAAGAAUGCCAAUGUAAGACUGGUGGUAAUGAACUUCCUGAGAACAACAGAAAACAGUCUCAAAUUUCUGUUAUCGAGGAUGAAUGUAGAAUGCAAGUUAACGCUUCAGCACCACAAAAACCUCAAUAUGUCCUUGCCAAGCAAGAGCAUGCCUUUGCAGGGGCAUUGUCUGGUAUAUUUGUUAGCCUUUGUCUACAUCCUGUUGAUACGGUUAAGACAGUCAUUCAAUCUUGCCGUGCAGAGCAGAAGUCUAUCUGUAACAUUGGAAAGUCAAUUGUUUCUGAUAGAGGUUUAACUGGACUUUAUCGUGGAAUUGCUACCAAUAUUGCAUCUUCGGCUCCAAUUUCUGCAGUUUACACUUUCACAUAUGAAUCAGUUAAAGGAGCUCUGCUUCCUCUUUUCCCAAAGGAGUAUUACUCUUUUGCCCAUUGCAUGGCAGGUGGUUGUGCAAGCGUUGCGACUUCUUUUAUUUUUACUCCUAGUGAGCGUAUAAAGCAGCAGAUGCAAGUCGGCUCACACUAUCAGAACUGCUGGAGUGCAUUAGUUGGAAUUAUUGGAAAUGGUGGUUUACGGUCAUUGUAUGCUGGGUGGGGAGCAGUACUCUGUAGGAAUGUUCCUCACUCAAUUAUCAAGUUCUACACAUAUGAGAGCCUGAAGCAAAUGAUGUUGUCAUCAGGACAAAAUAAUCCUCCAAUUAGCACAUUGCAAACGUUAGUUUGUGGAGGACUGGCUGGAUCUACUGCUGCUUUGUUCACUACUCCUUUCGAUGUAGUGAAGACGAGAUUACAGACACAGAUUCCAGGAUCCAUGAGCCAAUAUGACAGUGUGUUUCAUGCCCUUCGAGAAAUAGGCAAGAACGAAGGCUUGCAAGGCCUCUACAGGGGAUUGACUCCAAGAUUGGUCAUGUAUAUGUCUCAAGGAGCCAUCUUCUUUGCAUCAUAUGAAUUCUUCAAGAGGGUAUUUUGUUUAGAUGUGUCACAACAUAAUGUCCAAAGAAUAACACACAACCAAAGCACAGAAGAUGAUACAUCAUUAAAAAUACCAAUCCUGUCAGCAUCAUCAUCUUCAUCAUCCUCCUCCUCCUCGUCAUCAUCAAAACUGCACAGUCUACAUUCAUGAUGAUUUGAGAGAUCCAUACACAAGAUUUUCUUUUUGGGUACGGCAUACACAAUUUUGUUCUUAGACUAAUGGGGUGAAAAAGGAAUGAGGAAAUCCAGGUCUUCAGCUUAUUUGAGAGAACCCCUGGAACACCAUUGAUUGGAACUUUUUUCUCCCCCUCGAAAUUGUUAACGAGAAAAGAAGGAUUUAGGAAUCUGAUUGUAUCAUUGAAGUGCAAUAAAACAUGAAUAAGCUUAUCAUUGGGGAACA